GAAGCGACGAACUUCGACGGGACAUCCUCGUCGCCGUGGAGCCAUGGCGGCCUAGAUACAGGGUCGAUAAUCUCCGGAGCGACUUCCAGAGAGAUGACCAACGCAUCGGCCACUUUGAAGACGACACACUUAAAAAACAACAGGCCUUCGAGAUAAACAGCCUCCCUGCAUGUGUGCUAUCGCAGUGUGUGUGUGUGUGUGUGUGUGUGUGUGUGUGUGUGUCGAAUACCACAUCCCUGUUCUAGAAACGUGUGUGUGUGUGUGUGUAUAACAAGUUGCUUGAGACGGCCGAUGUGCAGCCCGUGAAGCACAGCUCGUGUAUCACUACCGGGAUCGCUCCUGCGCGGUCGUUGAGGUCUCCGGGUCGCCCCGGCUCAGACACAAUGCGAUGUGUCAGCUGCCGACUUUGUGAGACUCGGGCUUUGUGCGGACACGGUCCGCCGCGGUGUUCCCCCCUCUCCUUUUUUUGGGAAAAAAAAAACAACAACCAAAAAACUAAUCGGCGUUUCUCUGGUUAACCCCAAUUUCACAAUUUGGCCAUCUGUCAACGAUUUGGCGGCUUGCAACGCAGCCAUUACGGGGGAGCGAAUGGCGAAGGGCACACGGUUCGGAGGCUGCCGCACGCCGACCCACUCCCCGUGAAGGAGACGGCAUGCGAAGUCGUCGCUGCCCGUCGCUGCCUGUCGGCGGGUGGACGGGGGUCGGUGGCCCGCUGCACCGCCUCGCUCUCCGGUCGGGGUCGACGCCGAUCGUGCCCGGUGUGGUAAACAAACUCUCCCCAGUCACACGACGUUGUCAGUGUGUGUGUGUGUGUGUGUGUGUGUGUGUGUGUGUGUGUGUGUGUGGACGUGUGUGUGGACGGUUAUUUCCUCAGCACCCUCAAGAGUUGAGAAGUAGGAAAUGUGUCUGGUCCUACGUCAGAGGACGUGUAAGCAGCAGCAGGCCUGCACACUGCUCUCUGGGUGCAGCAUAUCACUGACUUUUAAGGAAAACUCACCUGACUGACUCAGCUACCCCCUAAGGCAUGUUGUGUUAAAGAAACACCUAUGCAGGUGGAUCCUACACUAAUGAAUGUAGGGGAUGGAGGCACGGUGAGCAGAGAGAUCAGUGCUCCAAAUAAAGCGUCCUCUAGUAUGGUGGGAAAUCCGCCCCAGACGCUACCCCCUGAGUUCAGAGGAGAUGUUACCCUCAGUCAGCAAAACAAGACCACUCCAACGACAGACUGUAAGACAGCAAAAGCCUGCCUGGACACUAGCAAUUACAACCACAGCCCUGAGCUUUCUUCACCUCAACAGCCCAACAAUGUGCCAGUGUCAGGCUCAGCCCUCACCACCUCAGAGAAGAGAGCAGACAAAAGGGCAGAGGCUGCUAAGCUCAAGGCCGAUGGUUCCGGUGUUUUCCCGACUCCUAAGUGGUCAAGUGGUGUAAAAGCCAGCCGGGAGGACUCACUCAACCCCUGUCACAGCAAUGUGACAUCCAGCAAGAAAUCACGCCCGCAAACACAAUCUGUGCAAAGUGUUCCACCUGGGUUUCAGUGCUCCACCAUGUUUAAACCAGCGCAGCCUGUUGCCUUCCUCCCCUCCUCAAAUUUUUCCUCUCCUCUUUGUAAAAUCACUCUUCCACCAGCAUUGGGUCAGAUUGCAGCGUUGAGAGAGGCCACAGCCAGUCAGUUUCAGAAAGAAAUUCCGCCUCAAAGUGCAGGUGUCGGAGCAACACCUCUCAUGCGGACCUAUCCCUAUCAGUUCUCUGUGGGCCGGACUCCAGCCGCAGAGAAGAAAGCAGGCACAUCAACAUCAAAACUUAAAUCUAACCACUCAUCGAGUAAGAAUGCAAAAUCAGUAGGAGAGCAUAAAUCUUUAGCCUCGGUGGUAGCCUCGCCAGCUAUUGCCCUACCGUUGCAGAGCCCGUCAUUAACUCCUGCAGCACCCACCCACUACACGUUAUCUCCCACUGCUGCCAUUUGCUGUGGCUCAGCACUGGCCAGCAUCACCUCUCAGAGCAGACUGCUGAACCAUGUGGAGAAAGGCAACGGCAUUGACAAGACAAACAUGGGCUCUCUGAAAACAACACUUCCCUCUGCUUCAGAGGACCACACAGCUUGCCCAGUGGAAUCAAGAGAUGUACCUCUUGAUUUGUCCGCUAAAUCAAAACGUCCAAAAUGCAUUAAUGACCCUCCAGUUUCUCUGGUGGAGCCUCAUAAUACUGAGUCAAAUCAGAGAGAUUUUCUGAACUCAAAGAGGACUCAUUCUACACCUUAUAGCUCUGCUGUGCAAUAUCCCAUCUUACCCAAUACCCAUAGAAAUGGAUCUCAUCAAAAGCAAAUAAACAGGCCUCAGAAUCACCAGGUACCGGAGCCGAAACCAACCUGGGUGAAGGGAUCUUCACAAGACUCCAUAAAAAACAUCCCUGGAACAUAUGUAGGUGUGGCAAGCCCCAUACUGGCCUCUACUCUGCGGGGCAAAGAUGGAAAAGGGACUUUUGCAGAUGAAUUUCAGAGUUUUGCAAAGCAGGAGUUUAUAUCGAUAAUCGACCAAGGAGAACAUCUGGCCUCAGGAGGACAGCAGCCAUCCUGUUUGAUGAAGGGCAACCAGCAUGUUCGCAGUGUGAAGCAUGUUAAAAACACCAGCACAGCCAUUAAUAAGAACAGUCCGUCUAAAGGAGCCCUGUCAUCUGCUCUGUCAGGCUCUGCCAAUGCUCAGAUUCAUCCGAAAUCUGGACCAGGCAAAACAGCAGUGCCAUACUCGACCACUGUUGUCAAUCCGGCUUGGAAACAGCCGUCUCAUCUUCCUCACCAAGCAUCUUCUACUCAGAGAAAAAGCGCACACGGAUCCACAAAGUCAAAGGGCACCACAGUUACAGAAGGAUCCAGGUUUCAGAGUGCUCACUACAGCCCAUCCAGUACCGAGGACGAUAAGUGGGAGAGAAUGAAGUCUCCCCUGUCUAACCUCACAUCCAUCGUGAAGCAGCCAGCACUUGAAACAAAAGCACUGACUGCGGAGGGUAACGCUCAAGCUUCACCUGUCGCAUCUAGAAAAGCUGAUGUUCUGACUCCAGUCGCCGGGAGCCAAGAUGCUCAAUCUAAACACACUUCUGCUUUUGAAUAUCCACCAUACUGGUCUGUGGAUAAAUGGCCUGUUGUGCCAUCUCAAGGGGAUUUAACUCAAACAACGAAGAGACAGGAGAAGGCGAACGCCACUGAGCCUUUGGAGAAUAAUACUGAGUUACGCACCGGUCAGGGGGAACACAUGGGACUACAAACAAAGCAAGGCUCCUCGAAGCCUACUGGCCAGUCUCAUCUCCUUGGGAGCAAUGCAUCAACUAAUGAGAACAGGAUGGAGAGCAAACUAGCCCAGGUGUUAGAGGGGGAAACAUUGAAGAAAGAAAGUGGAGCGUCAGACAGUCCUCCCAGUGAAAAAUUGGAGGGCAUGGUUGCGUCUAUUCUUAAGGGCCAGUGUGCCGGGGGAGGCGACAACUUUGAGAAGAAAACAAAUGGAACCAAAGAGCAGUCGCCACCCAAAGCAAAAGCUGCUGCCAUCAAACAAAAGAAGACCAGUCCUAAGAAGCCAGCGAAGGAGAAGUCUCCUACGGACACGUCCAAGAAGGCUGCAGGGAAGAAAAAGCAAGACGCAGAAAAAACUCCAACCAAAGCGUCCUGCAUAAAGAAGCAGAAGAAACAAUGUGCACCUGUGCUGGAGCAGAGUCUAUCAGCGAGAAAACUUAUCCCACAGAGUAAAGAGCCGAUUCCAAAGGACAAGAUCAGUCCCAAAAAGGUUGAUCAACCAACCCAGAAGAAACCAGUUACAGAUAGUGGCAGCAGUCCUCUGAGUGUAGAGACUCCAGUCUCUCUCAAUAGCACCACCACAUCCAGUAAGGACGCCGAGGUCACAGAGAGCUCCUUCCCUCGACUGAGGAGAGGGCGACGGCGAGCUGAUGAGGCUCGCCUCGACCUCUGGGGCUUUGCGACGCCUUCCCCUCCUCCCCCACCAAUGCCUCCUCCCCCAACAUCCCCAUCAUCCCCUCUGACUCCCACCCAACCCACCCGCCGUCCUCGAGGGAGGCCUCGCUCUAACCCCCUGCCAGAGCGAGUGCAUCAAGGCAAGUCCAAGACAAGCAGCACAGAGGGCGACACGCCGGCUCUGAAGAAACGCCGGCGAUGUCGUAGCAAAAAGUAUCAGACUGGGGAUUACAUCACUGAGAAAGACAAGCUGGAAGAUGGAGAGCGCCUUGAAGAAUCUGACCCCCUGAAGCAGGGCAGUGGAACUCCAGCAGACCCACAGGCGGAUGAGUGUCCUAGUCCCACUGCCUCCAGCCCAGAGCCUCCUCCACGGAAACCCUCGUUCACCCGCUCAGGAUCGGUCCGCUACCAGGAGAGCGAGGCGUCUCCAGAGGGCAGCGACAAACCUUCAGGGAAGAGAAAGUUCAAAAGCAAACAUUUAAGUGACAGCGAAGAGCAGAAGACCAAGACCAAACGCAGCAGCUCGGGGAAGCGAGGCGUCACCAUUGCCCUGGACGAUGAUGUUGCUGACGUGAAAAGAACAGUCAGCCCCCCACCCACUCCAAAAAGUUUGCCAUCAUCUCCAUCCAGUAAGAAAGGCUCAUCAGGAAGAAGCAGUGGCUCAGAGUCUCCCCCCAAAAGACCUGUUCCUCCAGAGGUCCGGCGGCUCAUUGUCAAUAAAAACGCCGGAGAGACCUUGCUGCAACGUGCUGCCCGCUUAGGCUAUCAAGAUGUAGUUCAGUACUGUCUGGAGAAGGACAUCAGGGAGGUGAACCGGCGUGAUAAUGCCGGUUACACGGCUCUACACGAGGCCUCCUCCAGAGGCUGGACUCAGAUUGUCCAGAUACUCCUGAAACACGGUGCAGAUGUCAACUGUAGCGCUCAGGAUGGAACACGUCCCCUUCACGACGCAGUAGCAAGUGAUAACCUCCCUAUAGUCUGGUUGCUUCUAAACCACGGUGCGGACCCGACUCUGGCCACCUACUCUGGACACACACCGGUCAAACUGGCACAUAGUCCAAGCAUGAAGACCUUCCUCACAGAAUAUUUCACAGACCUCGAAGUUCGAAAUGAGCCAGAUUCCUGUUUACCCUGGGAUUUCUACAGCAGCUCCCUGUUUGAGAUGGACCAGGAGCCAUGCUGGGACUUCCUCCUGUUGGAGCAGCACCAGGAGCUGGAGGAGAAUCCGCCAGUGAAGACUGAGCAGGACUCGGAUAAAGAUUGUCUCGUGUUUGAGUUCUCCUCUGAGCCUCUCCUCCCCUGCUUUCACGUCCAGGUGUCCUUAACACAGGGCUUUUGCAACUGGUUCCUCCUGACGGACGUCCUGAAGCGUCUGAAAAUGUCGGCGCGGAUCUUCCGGGCACGCUACCCGCACCUGGAGGUGGUGAGUCUGUCACGAGCUGAGCUCCGGAGGCAGGUGUCGGUUAGCCAGGUGAGCUCCGCUGUAGCUUCACCCUUCAGAGGCAUAAACAAAGAGGAGAAAGACCAGGAAGAGGACGAAGAAGAGGGACUCGUGGAUCUGGUUCGCUGUGUACCAGAACUCCAGAGACUACUGGGCUCGUCCAUUCACAUCUUACAAGAAGACGACGAUGAGGAUGAGGAGGAGAAGGAUAAGACGCUCACAAACACAGGCAAGCCUCGCAGCCGAUAGCCUCUCCUGCAUCGCACUCCUCCAUCACGCAGACAGAGUUUCCAGUGUCUCAACCCAAGUACUUCCUGCUCAAAGGAAACCUCUCCGUCCGUUGCAACGAGGAUCAUGGGUUCUAAUUCCAGCUACAGCAAUGACACUCCACCGAUAACCUUUGACCUCAGACAGCAGGUGAUUAAGUGAUCACAAGGACCUCCACACGGGAGUGGUCGGCGCAGGAAAAGCAGCUUUCAGGUUCCUAUCUAUAAGUAUAUUUGAAUAAAUGAGAACUAUUGAGCAAACCUUUUUUUAUUGAUUAUGUAUGUACAUGGUAGUGUAUAUGUAUAUCUUGCCAUCAGGGGAAACACAUUUGGUUAUAUGAGCGGAUUCUUGAGGCAAGGACCGAAUUAUGUUCAACUUUUUGUUUUUGAGUUUGUGACUGAGGGGAGAGCGAUAUUUUUUUCGAUGGGAGAUAAUCCAGGACUUUUAUCUCGGCGAACUCUUGUGCAAAGCUAAGACACUGAAGUUCGGGAGGCGACUGGCAGAGACAGUUCCUCUGUCAACCUGCGAGAGCUGGAGACCACGGCACAUAAUAUACACGAUCAUAAUCAUCAUUUUCCAUUUACUCUUUCUGUUUCAUUUUUUACAUCAUCACCCUCCAGAUGUCAUUUCUGGAUGCACCUAAGAGCUUAGGUUGUUCCUUUUUGCUCCUCAAGUAAACCUGGGUAAGCCGUCCCGUCCCAGUCCCUGCUCUCGGUGUGAAAUAAUGUUUUUCGGGGCCUCGAGAUUGAGUUUGUUUACAGAACCGGACAGAAACAGUUGUAUUGUUCUCCACUCCCCCGGAACCGAUACAGAAUCCUGUGGAUCUCGCUCAGAGGAACAGUUGGACCAUCUGUGGAGUCCAAACCUGCUCCUGAGACGCCCUCCGAACCGCAGCCACGAUCGUCUCCCACGUCCCGACACGGUGUUUCCAGAUCCCAGAGUGCUUUGUGUUGCAGUGUUUUCUUUACACUGUUUGUUGUGCUUAAUUUAAUAGUCAUUAAUAUAUUUGACCUCUUGUGUAUCUGACAGGCCUAUCUAUGAAAAAGUUGCUUUGUAUGGUUGGUGCUUCAUUUUGAAAUGUACUUAUUAGGAUCCCUUUAUUCUGAGAUUUUCCUCCCUCAUUCUAAAAACAGUAUUUCAAAACAGCAAGAGUACAGUUUUAUUGUACUGGUGCUAAGAUAGAUUUUGUGUUGACAAUCAAUGAAGUUUUGGUUUGAAGUCACAAACUAAUAAAAGAUAUUUAAGAUGAAAAGACUUAAAGUGUAAAGAAAAGUAUAGUUUAGUUAAAGAAAACGGGGAUACCGCAAGACUGAAAGACAGAGAAGCGUGUGAGAUCCUUUUAUUUGAUUCUUUUAUAAGAAAUCAACAAUAAUAAAGCAUGAUUGUGAAUCAUA